AUGGCACUACUAAAAGUCAAAUUCAACCAGAAGAAAAGGGUAAAACUAGCUCAGGGACUAUGGCUCAUGAACUGGUUUUCAGUGUUUGCAGGAAUCAUUGUUUUCAGCAUGGGAUUAUUCCUCAAAAUUGAGCUCCGGAAGCGAAGUGAAGUGAUGGACAAUUCUGAAAGCCAUCUUGUGCCCAAUUCUUUGAUAUUGAUGGGUAUAUUAUCUUGCGCCUUCAAUGCUCUUGCUGGCAAAAUUUGCUAUGAUUCUCUAGAUCCAACUAAAUUUGCAAAGUGGAAGCCUUUGCUGAAACCUUACCUGGUGGUAUGUUUCUUUUUUAACUUCUUCAUUUUUUUCAUUGCUCUGAUUUGCUUUCUCAUGAGGGGCUCUCUGGAGACGACAUUAGCAUAUGGGCUAAAGAAUGGCAUGAAGUUCUACAGGGAUACAGAUACCCCAGGAAGAUGCUUCAUGAAGAAGACAAUUGACAUGCUCCAAAUUGAGUUCAGAUGCUGUGGAAACAAUGGUUUCAGAGACUGGUUUGAGAUUCAGUGGAUCAGCAAUAGAUACCUGGAUUUUGGCUCCAAAGAAGUUAAAGAUCGAAUUAAAAGCAAUGUGGAUGGAAAGUACUUGGUUGAUGGAGUCCCCUUCAGCUGCUGCAAUCCGAGUUCCCCAAGACCCUGCAUCCAGUACCAAGUCACUAACAACUCGGCUCACUACAGCUACAACUAUCAAACAGAGGAGCUCAACUUAUGGAACCAUGGCUGCAGGGAGGCACUUCUGCUCUACUACAGCAGCAUGAUGAGCUCCAUGGGUGGCGUUGUCCUCUUUGUCUGGCUUUUUGAGGUAUCUGUGAUGGUUGGUUUGCGUCUUUUGCAAACCGCUCUGGAAAGCAUCGCAAAUCCUGAUGAUCCUGAAUGUGAAAGCGAGGGGUGGCUCCUGGAGCAGAGCCUGACAGACACUUUCAAAUCCACAUUAGAAAGUUUGAAAAAGAUUGGUAAGUUCAAUCAGGUGGAUGCAGGUUCUGAAGGGGCCGAAGGCGAAGAAGGUGGAAAGACUCCAGCCAUCACAACAGUUAGUUGAGCUUCUCUACUGAGGUGGACUUUAUCAAAGAAAAAUGAAAAAAACUGAGAAUUGUGAAUACGUAU